AUUUUCUUCUUCACCUUCACCGGCACUUGUCUCCCGUUUCCUACAAUUAACCCUAAAAUCAGAAAUUUUACCCUCCGGUUUUCAGCUUUACGGAAGCUUUGUACGGAGGUUUCUGGUGCAAGUAGUAGAUCAUUGAAGUGUACAUAAUCGAACUAUAUAUAAAGAUGAGCGUUGUGCCAAAGGAGGCAAUUGAGGUCGUUGCACAGAGCAUUGGAAUCACCAAUUUGUCCUCAGAUGUUGUUCUCGUUCUUGCUCCUGACGUCGAGUACCGGGUCCGGGAGAUCAUGCAGGAGGCAAUUAAAUGCAUGCGCCACUCGAGGCGGACUAGUCUGACAUCUGAUGAUGUGGAUAAUGCGCUUAAGUUAAGAAAUGUGGAGCCAAUAUAUGGCUUUACAUCUGGAGAUUCCUUGAGGUUCAAAAGGGCUGCUGGACACAAGGAUUUAUUCUACAUUGAUGACAAGGAUGUGGAAUUUAAAAACGUGAUUGAAGCACCUUUGACUGAAGCACCACUUGAUACAUCAGUUACUGCUCACUGGCUGGCAAUUGAAGGUGUUCAACCUGCAGUUCCAGAAAAUGCUCCAGUUGAAGCACUUGCCAUGCCAUCUGAUGGCAAAAAAUCUGAGUACACAGAAGAUAGACUUCUCAUUGACAUUAAAUUACCUGUUAAGCAUUUUCUGUCAAGGGAGCUUCAGCUAUACUAUGAAAAAAUCAUAGAGUUGACUCGGAAUAAGUCUGGUUCCGUCCUCUUCAAACAAGCAUUAGUGAGCUUGGCAACAGAUUCAGGACUGCAUCCCUUAGUUCCUUAUUUCACAUACUUCAUCGCUGAUGAGGUUACACGUAAUUUAAAUAAUUUCCCUCUUCUGUUUGCUUGGAUGCGCGUUGUUCGAAGCCUUCUUCAAAAUCCACACAUUCAUAUCGAACCUUAUCUACACCAGUUGAUGCCAUCUGUUAUGACAUGCCUUGUUGCGAAAAGAUUAGGGAAUAGAUCUUCUGACAACCAUUGGGAGCUUAGGAACUUCACAGCAAACCUGGUUGCUUCAAUAUGCAAAAGAUAUGGGCAUGUUUAUCACAAUCUUCAGCCACGUAUCACAAGGACUCUGCUCCAUGCGUUCUUAGACCCAACCAAAGCGUUGUCUCAACAUUUUGGUGCAAUUCAGGGACUAGCAGCCCUUGGACCCAAUGUGGUUCGUCUGCUUAUAUUACCAAAUCUUGAGCCAUAUUUGCAACUGCUGGCGCCAGAAAUGCUACUUGAGAAGCAAAAGAACGAGAUGAAGAGACUUGAAGCUUGGCGUGUUUAUGGGGCCUUGCUGUUUGCGGCUGGCCAAUGCAUAUACGAUCAGCUCAAGAUGUUCCGCAGUUUGCUCUUUCCACCAACUCGUGCCAUCUGGAAGAUCAAUAAAAAAGUUGCAAUUACCAUGCGAAAGAAACGCAAGGCAAGCACGGACAACUUGAUGCAGCAACCGCCACACAAAAAAAUGGCAACAGAGGGCACAAUGGGUGUUAUACCAAUGAACUCCAUGCAAACUGACAGGCAAGGGGCUACAGGUGGGUAUUCAACUGCUGUAGGGGGUUCCAAUGUUGGUUUGUCAUCAAUGUCCCGGCAGUUACCAACUGAAAACAUGUCUGGAAGGGAGGUUGGUGGUAGAGUAGUAAAAGCGUCCAGUGUUCUCUCUCAGGCGUGGAAGGAGGACAUGGAUGCAGGACGUUUGUUGGCAUCUUUGUUUGAAUUUUUCGGUGAAAGUUUGUACUCCUUUACCCCAAAACCUGAGCUGUCCUUCUUCUUGUGAUUAAUUCAAUAUCAACAGGAGAGUAAUCAUUCUCUAGAAUGUGUAAAUUAUCUGUUAAAUUCCCGUUUUAACAGGAGGGUAUAGAUACUGAGCGAACAUGUAAACUCUCUGUUCAUAAAUGUCUGUUAGUCCAAAAUUGGAAGUUGCUCGCCAACUUUUUAGGAAUCUCUCUUCUAUGAUAAUUUGUUUGCAAUAAUAUGAUUCUUUACAGCUGU